AGAUAAAACGCGCAGAGAAAGGGAGAAAGAUGCAUAUAUCUCGAAUGCUGGGGAGUUAUUUGGAGUUGAUCAUCAGUCCCCCAUCCGCUACGGAUGAUUAUGCCUCGAGUAGGAGCAGAAUCAAAAUUCAUAUAUGCUCCAGUUUCAGUCAUUUAAAUGAGGCGUAGUUUUGCUAUAUAUAUAAUUAUAUUCUUUUGCGCCGUCUUCCUGAAAUUAUUGAUUGAAGUUGUCUCCGUGAGUGUCUUUUGGAUGCUUUCCUUUAAGACCUGGAUGCCUCGUUAUUGUGAGCGUUGGGGUGUUCGUGUUCUCUCCAUCUCAGACACAUACCGCAUCCUGUUUUCAUCAUCAGCUAUAUAUUCACAAACGAUAUUGGACAUCAUCACAGGAGAUCAAUAUUUCAACGACUAUUUCUUGUGAAAACAAAUCAUCUCAUGAUAUUUUUUAAUGGUUUAUCUUUCUCUACACACCGCUUGUGACAGAAGUGUAGCUAGAAUUAAAUUGUUGUGACGAUUGAUAUAUCCCCGGGAUAUAUCAACGAAGUGAAUUUGAUUCACAUGAUUAAUAUUAUAUCAAUGAAGCUAUUGUCAACUGAAUUAUAAGUCUUCGAGAGAAAAAAAAACAGUGACGGAGAGCUGAGAAAUAGAGACACGGAUUUGUGAAGGAGGGAGCUAAAAUUUUUAGAGGAGCAUUUGGUAAUUUUAAGCAGCUAAAGGUAUCUUGAAAGGAAAAUAACGAAUUCUUUAAAAAAAACCAUACAAUUUAAAACAUCGAGGAGAGGAAAAGCAAGAUGAAAUACAAAAACCUAACUUUGUUGGGGCUGACGAUCUGGGCGGUGGCUGGUUCCUAUGUUACCCUAUUCCUCGUUGGGAUAGCUAAUUUCACAAACCAAUGGAUCUUCACGAAAGAGAUAAUUGAUCGUGAUUUCAGCAAUGGUACUCUUAGAGUCACCGUCAGAUUGCACUCUGGAUUGCUUGAGUUUUGCCGAGAUAAAGUAUCUUAUAUUUGGAUAGGACAUCCGUCGUUCACUGCAGUCAAGAAUGUAUCAGAGGCCACAAUGAAAACACUGUACGCCGCACCAGAUGAUCCGGGAUGCUUCAAUAUUCGAGCAUCUCUUCCAGAGCCCAGUGAGCCACCAAAAGACAUCAGCUCAGCCGUGUUACAACACGUGGUGAAGGUGCUGCCGUUACCUAUAUGUAGUUUUCUGCUUCUUGUGAUUACGUCAUCGCUUAGUACAAUGGGUCUAUUCUUCCCACAGCGUCGGUGCUUCAUGUUUCUCACUGGAGCGGGUCACAUCCUCGCAGGAUUGUGUUCCUUGACGGGUCUCAUCCGUUACAUCAUCGCCGUCAACGACGCGGUGAUCGAGAAGCAUCCCGUAUCACCCGACAAGCUGUUUAUGCACACGUACGGCAUCUCCUUCGUGUUCGCUGUCCUCGCCUUCUUCCUCAUCAACUCGACGGGCGUGGCAAGUCUCUAUCUCUACAUCCGUCUCGAAAAGAUGGCGGUCCGGAGCGAGCAGGAUCGAUACCGCCAUCAGUUUACCAUGAGCUCCUGCGUCACCAGCUCGCCCGACAUCGAAAUCACCGCACACGACGAUGGGGAGAACGAUGUCGUGGAUGCGAGUGGCCGAUGUGGUGGUGGUGGUGGUGGCGGUCGUGUUGUUGAUGACAGGACGAAUGAGGGGAAUCCCCUACGACCACGCCCUGAGGGGAUCGAUAGCGAUUUACAUAUCGAUAGUCAGCAGAGACAUUAUGUUAGUUACAGUGAUAACGAACCGGUUAGUCAACCAACUUCGAUAGAAUUAUAAAAAAAGAUGUUUUCAGAAACAUCACAUAAAUUACCAAUAUAGUCUUUAUGGUAGCAAGACUUUAAUCAUCGCUCAAAUAUCAUGUCAGUUAUUCAAAAUGAUCUAUAACAAACGCGAAUUUCAAAUAAUUUUGAAUAUUCAAUAUUUGUUUCAAUAUUUGUCACAAAAUGUAAUUGAGAUCUGUCUGUAUUAUAUUGAAUAUGUAUUGAUACUUUGAUUAUAUUAUGAAAAUUUUGUUGAACGGAAAUAUUAAAUAAAUUUACUUAAUCUAAUCUAAUUUCUAAAGAAUCAAGUCUCGGGACCGUCACUUGGAUUUUUCAAAGGAGUGUAUUUUUUCCAAAUUUGGGGAGAAAAAAGACGGGUAGGGAAAAACUACAUGAGGGAAGUGUCUCUUGAUGUAUAUUUGCAGAGUAGCGGUUCAGAUGGAAUAAGUGCAGAUUUGACGUUACAUCAACUUUUCAGUAAACACUCUCCAAUUGCUUACUGUAUCGUAAAAAAAUUGAACAUUUUCGAAGGGGUGUCUUAUAGCCUAGGGCAGAGAAAGCGCGGCGGAUCCAAGGGGGAAGGGGGCAGCAUGGGACUCUCUUGUUGGAAUUUUAUGUGGCCCCAAGAUAUUUAGGAAAAUAAGAAUAAAAUUGUAGAGUAACGUGUAGUAUGACCAGAGCCGUCGCUAAAGGGGGUGUGGGGUGCGACACCCCCCCCCCACUCUAGAUAUAGUCGGUAAAUCUCCUCGGCCAUCGGGGAAAAAGGAAAAGGGGAAAGGGGGGAAAAUAAAAGGACAGAAAAAGAGAAGAAGGAAAGAGAAAAGAAAGGAAAAGGGAAGGGGAAGAGAAUGUUCAUUUUCCCGUAUAGGAGUAUCAACAUUUUGCGCUCACAUAAAUUGUUUGAUGACAUACCCAUUUUGUUCAUAAUUGCAAAAAAAAAGUGUUUAGAAUAUCCCGUUUUUCAGCUCACGCUUCACUCUUGCAUUAUUUGAUUGGUGAGAUAUGUAUUCUAUUCAUAUGAUAUUCAUUCUAUCCUAUGAGUCACUGUAAUAUAUUUAAAAUUUCAGCUCGCGUUCAGCGCCCGCAUGAAUUGUUUAGUUAGAUACUCGUAUUGUUCAUGAUUAUAAAAUGUACUUAUCAAUUGUUUACUUUAGAUAAUUAUACACCCAUCCAAUUCAUGGUUACAUUGCUUUGAAUGUACCUUAUCUUGUUUUGAAGAAUGAAAAUUUAGUUAGGACUAACCCCUAAAAAAAAACAAAUUUGGGCGGCCGCGACGGGGAAAAUGUGAAUGAAAAUAUUUUCCGCCCCUUCUAUUAAUGAAAGCUGGAUGUGCCCCUGGGUAUGACGAAAUAUAUAAAUGUGACUGAGGAGAAUGGGGAACUCUACCAUGACUCAUGGUCUUCGGUAAUCGUUGCCGAUUUGUCGUCGGUAAUCACGGUCUCCACCCCCGACACACACACACUGAAAAAGACCUAGCGACGCUCCCGAGUAUGGUCUAGGUAUUUUAGCUGUAUACUCUAAAAUACCAUCUUCCACUCUUCAAAUCUUGAAAAAAAGUCCAACAUUGUCUGUUCAUGCACUCAACCGCGUAGCCAGGAUUUCAUUUUGGAGGGGGCGGUAAAUGCACGCAAAGCAUGCCAACGCUUACAGAGCGCGCGAAGCGCGCUCCCUAGGGGGUGGGUGCAGGGAGGGGGAGUUUCCCCCUCCCUUGCGAAGCGCGAAGCUUUUGGUGUUUCAUGAAUUAAAAUGAAAAGGAGUCGUCUCUCUUGUCUCUAGUAUCUAUAUCAGCUCCAAUUCAGUUGACUAUAUUGUGAUUUUGAACCUGGUUUUCAUGAACCUUGUUUUAAAAAAAGAUUAUGAACGCACAAAAAAGGAAUACAAUGGAGGAAAUUAAAAUGAUAAUAACCCCGCGCGAAGUGCGGAAGCUAAAGCGUUUUAUCAAUUUUUUGCCAUGAAAAGGGUCCCGAGAAAAGGAUAUUCUCAAACAUAUAUUGAAUACUUCCCUUGGAAAGAUCAGAUUUGAUUACAAACAAUUUAGCGACAGUGCAUAUCUUUAACUCGCAAAACAGAGGAGAAGAAGUGUAUAUGCCAGGAGGAAGAUAUUCCUCCCCGCGCAGAGCAACGAAACUCUGAAAUUUCAAAGGGCGGAUGUUUCAUCAAAAUAAUGCAGAUAUCUCCAAUACCCCAUCGGCUCUAAUUCAAUUAAUUUUCUAAGAUUAUUGAACUUCAUUAAAAGGAAAAUAGUGCGCAAAAAGUUGAAACUUCUGUGAUUUAUUGAAAUUAUAUAAAAAGGAUGCCUAAUUUCUUUGACUUAUCCUGAAGCGCUUCAUUUUGAAUUAUAAAGAAACUUAAGAGUCAUUCAAAAUUUCAAACUGAGGGCGAAAAACAGGACAGGAGAUGAAUGUACAGGGAAAUGACAUGAAGUUGAAUAGAAUUUGAUAAAUAAUAUUGUACUUUUUUAUUUAAUACCCUUAUACGAUACGAAUUUUAUACCUUCCUCUUUUUGGAUUAGGAACCUGUUUGCCCCAAAAAUUAUGGUUGUUUAGUAAUGAGCUGAAAAGCGGGAGAAGUUGACUUUAUGGAGGUGACGGCAGAAAUUGAUAUAAAGAUUUUACCCGCCCGGAGCCGACCCGACCAGAAGUUACGCGAUCAAUUAAAAAAAAAGAUAACUUCAUAUACUUCGGCCUAACCUUACUUUAAUUCCAUGCCCUAAUAUAUACAUUUGAACUUUAACUGGCAAUAAACACACUAGCUGAGGUAGAAAAACAGGGUUAGAGAAAGGGUGGGGGAAACAAUGGAGAUCUUCAAUAUUUUCAUUUAACCGCGCGCAGCGCGGAAGCAAAAUUCAUAAUCAUAAAUUUAGAGCAAGAGUGAAGGAGUUUCUCU